AUGCUGAACUCACCGAAAUCAUGUUCUGAGAUUCCAUUCUCCUCGUGGGAUUUCGACCCCCUCACUCCUCGCGACUACACUGGCGAAGAACACCUACACGCCUACUACAAUGCAUCAGUCCCCAACAUUAAGUUGCCGCAGACUCCCACCCCACCAUUUGCCGCUCAGAACAUACCCGCUCCGGAUGGAUUCUUUGGCUGUCUAGACAUCACUGCUGCUAAUGACUGGUGGGCUCAAAACAACACUCACUUUGGUUUACACGAGUUCGACCCUUACGCGCCCGAGAUGGCUGAGAUGGACCCCAACCUCGACUUAGCCGUCUACCAAGAUGCAGUAGCCAUCGAACAAAACAUUGAUAUCUAUCAGGAGCUGCUUCGGCUCGACCCCUCUGUACAACUAUUCGACCAGGGCCCGUGGGACGAGCCCGGCGCAUGGCAACCCGCCUCAGACUGCUCUGGUUAUAAUUCGAGUUCGGGUAGUGGUGGACACACGGGCGUUGAGACGUCGGGUUCCUCGGUCGGCUUCAACACACCUGGCAGCAGUUCGGGUGACAGCGAGGCUCCUGAGCCACUUGUUAUUAGCGCACCAGCGAGAAAAUCUAGCACCUCAGAUAGUAGUGAUGGCGAACCCGGCGAAACAGGCGAGCCAGCGCAUAGCUCGAGUUCAUCAAGCAGCAAGAAGAAAAGACAAAGGAAAAGAUUUACACCUGAAUUGAAGAAGGAAACCCAUAUGACAAGAAUCACUGGUGCUUGUUUGCCAUGCUGGAAAAACAAGAAAAGGUGCAUCAGAGUGUCUGAGGCUUGCUGCAAGUACUGUGAAUCGAUCUUCUCCAAGAUUCCGAACAUACCAUGUUUCCGAGCCCGUAUGACAGAAUCUGAGCUUUUCCGAAGAGGUCCAACUGAAGAGUUCUUAUGGACUCGUAGACGAUGGCUUAAAGCCUCCCCGAACGAUCGAAGUGUUUGGGCCUCGCCAGCCAAGGGUUUCACUAUCACGCAAGGGAUGGGGCUUACAUUGAACCUAAUGGCUAAGCAGUACAAGCCUCUGCCUGAUGACAGAGACACAUACACUUGGGUAGCUAACGGCGGAAACGUCGGAGCUUUAUCUUGCCCCCCCUUUGCCAUCUCUGAUAUCGAUGAUGCCCAACGAACUAUCAACCGUUAUGUUGAGGACAACACCAUAAGAUACAUCCAAGAACACGUUAGCUCAAACUUGAUCUUGUGGGAAUCGUUUUCAAUGGCACUACGCAUGAGCAAUUCCAAAGGGUCCUCGCUACUGCGGAACGCCUUGAAACUCUGGGUCGCCAGUCGGAUCAUCGAAACUCCAUGGUCAAUCGUCGGAACCGAAACGUUCGGUAUGACACCUACCAUGGAUGAAGGUAGCCCGUAUUACGGCAAAACACCGGUUACCCCAAUCAUGGAUUUCCAGAUCGAUAAUAUUACAAUCCACCAGCUUUUAAUCCCACUACGAAAGAAACUUCUUCAAGAGUUGCAAAAGAAGGUUCUCAAUAAUAAGCCGGAAGACUUUUUGGAGAUCUACCUGACCAUUUUUAUCUUGUUGCAUAAUAUGGAACUCACGAUUGCGCACGAUCGCUGGUUUGCGAUGCGUUAUAGUUUACAGAAUCGUUUCUCCAAUUAUCAUCUUAUCGAUGCGGUCUUCCAGGGUGCUAACAUCCUAUUGGCCCACUUCCACCACGUCAGCAAGGGGUACGCUCCGUUCUCUGUGGACUGGGAGUCUGGUGACACUAUUGUGUUGGCAAAGUCCAAUGAGGAUGAGAUCAGAUAUAUGAAAGAUGUUAUCCAAGCCACAAAGCAACAAGAGAGCGGAUUGAAGUUACUUAAAGAGAAGGAAAUGUACGAAGACUCCAUGUACUGGUGCUCCCAACUAUUUUUCCCAGGAUGGAAGCCGGUCUCAUCACCCUCACCUUGA